AUGGAGUGUUCAAAUUUUAUCAUUAAGCUUUGUUGCCUUCUUUUUCUCCUACGACCAAUUUCUUGUGCUACUUCCAAUUCUAAUAAUGUUACGCAAAGAUCUGCUCAAAAUCCUUUAAAUUCAAGUGGCAUUGCACAAGCAUUUUCUCAAUGCCUUUCAACCAAAUUGAGUUCUUCUACCAACAUCAGUGGAACUAUCUACACCCCUGAUAACUCUUCCUUCAAAUCUCUCCUUGUGUCCACUGCACAAAACCUUAGAUACUUGGUAGAUUCCAUGCCAAAGCCUGAGUUCAUAUUCACCCCCUUGGAUGAGUCCCAAGCACAAGCAGCUGUUAUUUGUUGUCAACAGGUUAAUGUUUCUUUCAGAAUGCGCAGUGGUGGUCAUGACUAUGAGGGUAUGUCUUACGUGUCCCAAUUGGGAGCACCAUUCAGCAUCAUAGACCUUCAAAAGCUCCGAAAUGUCAUUGUUAAUAUCAAAGAAAACUAUGUUUGGGCUGAAUCGGGUGCAACUAAUGGCGAAGUGUACUACAAAAUUUCACAACAAAGCAACGUCCAUGGCUUCCCAAUGGGCCUUUGCACCAGCCUAGGCAUGGGUGGGCAUAUCUGUGGUGGAGCAUACGGUUCGAUCAUGAGAAAGUAUGGCCUUGGAGUGGACAAAGUUCUCGACAUUCGAAUGGUGGAUGCCAAUGGAGCAAUUCUCGACCGAGAAGCCAUGGGAGAUGAAUUAUUCUGGGCUGUUGCAGGCGGAGGAGGUAGCUUUGGACUUAUUCUCGCCUGGAAAUUGAGUCUGGUUCCUGUUCCACCGACAGUAACAGUUUUUACAGUUGUAAAAACUCUAGAACAAGGUGGGACACGUCUGCUUAGUAAAUGGACACAAAUUGCAGACAAGCUGGACAAUGAUCUCUUCAUUAGAGUCAUCAUUAAUCCUAUGAACACUCCUAAUGGAACUAAAACGAUUAGUCUUGCAUUCAACUCCCAGUUUCUUGGCACAACUGACAAGCUCCUCCAAAUAAUGGGACAGAACUUCAGUGAGUUGGGACUACAACGCGGGGAUUGUUCGGAAAUGAGGUGGAUAGAAUCAGUUCUUUACAUUGCUGGCUACCCAAGCACAACAAAGCCUGAAGUUUUACUCCUAGGGCAGCCGCUCUUUAAGAACUUUUUCAAGGCUAAAUCAGACUUCAUACCAAGAGCUAUUCCGGAAUCCGGGAUUCAAGGAAUGUGGAAUUUACUUUUUCAAGAGCCUGGGUCACUGAUGAUAUGGAAUCCUCUUGGAGGUCAGGUGGCUGAGGUAUCCCCAUAUUCGACACCAUUUUUUUGGAGAGAUUCCAUGGGUUUCAUUCAAUAUUUAACGACAUGGGCAAAUGGCAACGAGUCAACAGCAAAUCACAUUGAAUGGAUAAGAAAACUGUACGAUUAUAUGACCCCUUACGUUUCUAUGUUCCCUAGAGCUGCGUACGUGAACUACAAGGAUCUUGAUUUGGGAUCAAUGAUCGGUGGUCCAUAUGCUAACUGGUAUUGGUUCAAUAUGUAUGAAUGGGGUUAUCACUAUUUCGGUCGCUGUAACUUUGAGAGAUUGAUUUACACCAAGUCUAAAAUUGACCCGAAAAAUGUCUUCAAGACUGAACAGAGCAUCCCAACAUUUCUCUCUGAACUAAGAGAGAACUAG